CUCAAUCACAGCAGCAAUCCCCAGUACACAGCAGGCAAUCUGUGGAUGAGAAGCAUGUACUUUGCAGAGAACAAUCUCUUUUCUCCUCAAACAUGGAAGCAAGAGCCUCAGAGACUGUGGAUAAUUCAGCAGCAGAUUCCACAACAGCCGACCACCAUAUUCCAGGAUCUCUCUGGACCACAACAUCUCCAAAUACCAUCGAUCCGAAAUGGGCAUGUAAAAGAAGACCUGAUUGAGCUGAUGAUGAUCCAGAAUGCUCAGAUGCACCAAGUGAUCAUGAAUAACAUCACCAUGGCAGCACUGACAAGCUUCGGUUACAGCACACAGCCCCAGCUUGCUGUGCAGAACCCUCUGUCCAUCAGAAUGGAAGACAGUGAGCCAGAUACGGUCUAUCACCAUCAUUAUGAGCCUUGGCCAUAUGCUGCAUUCCCCUCUUGGUCACACCAGGCCCAAACCCAGAGUCAGCCUCAAGCGCAUCACAUGAUGAGAGCACUGCAGGAGAACCUUAGGCCUGUAGUACGGCACGUCAGUGGAGACGCACCCCCUAGUCCCCGGAGAGAGAUUAAAGCUAUACCUCCACCCCCACCACCAAGCGCCACAGGGACAGUUGGGGCUGACGUACGUCCAGCAUCAGAGUAUUACGAUGUGGCUGAUGGCCAACUGUGAUGAGCCCCCGUCUGUUUGGUGGUGAUUCUCCCCAGUAUCACGUCUGGCUCCUUGACUGCCGACAGGCCACUACCUGAGCUCCUGCAGCUACUGAAGUGAGACUCUGUACACGCUGCAAUGAGUAUACACCUAGCUGGACGUCUCCCAGGAUUUUGCAGUUGCUUUGGUGAUCACAGGCUGCUGACCAUUCCAGUCCAAUUGUCUGGCAGGAAAACAACGAGCAUUUAUAAUCUGAAACCAAAAAAAAUAAAGAAUAGAAUUUAAAAGGAAUAUGCAUUCAGCAGCACCCCUGAACCGCACCACCCCCACAAUGACCGUCACUCUGACAGACGUUAAACGUACAAGAUGUUCUGCUGGGUUCUUCCUGAUUGGCUUUUGCUGAUUCAGAUUUUAAGGAUGUUUGCAUAAAUACACACUUUUGGAAUAAGCCAUGCUGGUGUUAACGUUUCCCUUGGAUCUUUUCCUACCCUUCCUCACCAUACUCUGUCAAUAUUGUGCUUUAUUCCCUUCCUCAGGUUCCAGCUAAUUUUUUGGAAUCUCAAACAUGUUCCAGAAUUGAGGCAAAAAGCGGCCAUUCAGCCCAUCAUGCCUGCACUGGUUCUACAACCCAGCCUAAAUCUCCUGUCUUUCUCCAAAUCUGCAUACAAUUUCUAUUCAAAACAAAAAUCAUGCAAUUCCCUUGUAGUGAUUGAAACAGGGUCAGCCAGGUAGACCUCACAGAACAUGAGUUCCAUGAUUGGACCAGAUUAACAGUCCCAAUCAGGGACCCCUGGCUCACACAUGUAAACAUGAGUGUCAGAGGCUUUGCUCACACCGGGAGCUGUCUCUGAGGAAACCAGACCAGAGUCGAAUAGCAGGCACGUGUAA